UUAAAAAAAAAAUAAUGUAAUAAUGCAUUCUAACAACUCUGUCAAUAAAGUCAUUAAGACUCCUGUUUUCCUUUUAUCCUACGCACCACUCGAUUCUCUUAACGUGCGCACCUUUCGCCGGCGUCAUCGUUUCGGAUCUCCUGCUCAAGUAAUACGACAGUCGGCGACCAAGUUUUAGGAGACAUAACAUUUUAUACUAAAUUAGCGACAAUUCUCAAGGGAUUGAACCAUGAGUUGUUUUGGCUGUUGUGAAGAGGACAAUAUCCGCAAAACCACUGAUAAUGGAGGCCAACACAUGGUUAAAAUUUCAGCAGGAAGCGAUGGAGUUUACUAUUCAUCUGAAACUGCAGCAAAGAGUGCUCAAACUUUGAAGGUUCAGCCUAUUGAAGUCCCUGAUAUUCCCGUAGAUGAAUUGAAAGAAGUCACAGAUAAUUUUGGUGCAAAUUCUUUGAUUGGAGAAGGCUCAUAUGGUAGAGUCUACUAUGGAGUUCUUAAAAGUAGGCAGGCUGCAGCAAUCAAAAAGUUAGAUGCCAGCAAGCAACCUGAUGAUGAGUUUUUAGCCCAGGUUUCCCUGGCAUCUAGGUUGAAGCAUGAAAACUUUGUUCAAUUGCUUGGUUACUGUGUUGAUGGGAGCUCCCGUAUUCUUGCUUAUGAAUUUGCAUCUAAUGGAUCGUUGCAUGAUAUUCUCCACGGGAGAAAAGGUGUUAAGGGAUCUCAGCCAGGUCCUGUUUUGACAUGGGCACAAAGAGUAAAAAUUGCUGUAGGAGCUGCAAAAGGGCUUGAGUACUUACAUGAGAAGGCUGAUCCUCACAUCAUUCAUCGUGACAUUAAGUCCAGCAAUGUGCUAAUAUUUGAUGACAAUGUUGCUAAGAUUGCAGACUUUGAUUUAUCUAAUCAGGCUCCUGAUAUGGCAGCUCGUCUUCAUUCCACUCGUGUACUUGGAACCUUCGGUUAUCAUGCUCCUGAAUAUGCAAUGACUGGGCAAUUAAAUGUCAAGAGUGAUGUAUACAGCUUUGGUGUUGUUCUGCUGGAGCUUCUGACUGGGAGAAAACCUGUUGAUCAUACUUUACCCCGCGGUCAGCAAAGUCUCGUGACAUGGGCUACACCAAAACUUAGUGAAGACAAGGUAAGGCAAUGCAUUGAUCAAAGACUAGGAGGCGAUUAUCCUCCCAAGGCCAUUGCAAAGAUGGCUGCUGUUGCUGCAUUGUGUGUGCAAUACGAAGCUGAUUUUCGGCCAAAUAUGAGCAUCGUUGUUAAAGCUCUUCAACCAUUGUUAAAUGCACGGCCUGGAGCAGCUGCUGAAACACCAUCAAACACAUAAUGUGUGAGGCUGUUUCUUUCUUUUCCUUAAUAUAUAUAUAUAUAUAUAUUAAUGUCUUCUUACUUAUAUCCUCAUUUUAUUAUUAUUUUUGUUUGGGGGUUGAUUUUUAAUUUUUAUCAUGGACAAUUAAACACAAAUCUUUUCAUCCAAUCUUGAUGAUAUUACAGGUGGUUUAUAUGUCAGAA